CAUUACCCUGCAGAAAUAGAGAGUCAAAUCAGAAGAAGGAAGUGUGCCCUAAAGGCAGCUGAUCAGCACCAAAUUUGAGUCAUGGAGGCGAAAUAUUUACAUCUUUCUAAUAUCAUCUUUUUGAUUAUUACCGUGCCACAGAUAUGCAAAGCACAAAAUGACAUCACGUUAUCCGUGUUCACCGUCACCUCCAAAAGUAUGACGGUCCGUUGGAGCGGACAUACCGGCCCGAGCUCGUACAAAAUCACCGCCACGCCGAAAAACUCCCCAGAGCUGUCGGUUUUCGCGCAGUUCAGCGGCAGCACGGUGAUGGGCUCCGUUAACUCGUUGUUACCGAACACUGUGUACAGGAUGCGGGUCGAAGCCAUGGACAGCGCGGUGAACGUGCUCAGCAGCGCCGAAACGGAGGAGACGACAGCUCCUAAGGUUCCCCUCAUUUACCAGGCUUACUCCAAACACAGUGACAGCAUCACAGUGGAGUUCGGUGUGGUGUCUGGUGCCACCAGCUACAUCAUCCGGGCAGAGAACGAGGAUGGGUUCUUCUCUGAAAGCCUGGUGGACACUUCCCCCGGGACAGUGGUCGGUCUGCUGCCUUACACCCAAUUCACACUCAGCGUGAUGUCCGUCAACACUGGGGGAAGGAGUCAGCCUUCCCUACCCGUGAACGCUAGGACAGUGUUGGUUGCCCCAGAUCUGCUUUCCAGCUCCCCCAGCAGUGACACCAUUGUGAUAGAGUGGGAUCCAGUGGACCAUGCUGUGCUAUACAGCCUGGUCAUGACCAUGGUGGGUUCAGACAUGCGGGUCAGACUAAACACGACUCAGACCAACGUGACCUUCACUGACCUUCAGCCUGGCACCACCUACAGCAUCGAGGGCAAUGCCUGGGAUCCUGAUGGUAACCAAGGAGAUGACAUCACCAUCUACCAAAUCACACGUCCUCCUGUCCCGGGACCUGUGCAGGUUCUGUUGACGCUGAGUCGCUCUAUCGAACUGUCGGUGUAUUGGCAGACAGUCCGUGGUGCCAACGAAUAUAUUGCUGUGAGCUCAAUGGGCCAGAACUGCAGCUCAUCGUUAGACGCCUACUGCAUAAUCAGUCCCCUCAGCUGCAGCCAGAACCACACCAUCACCGUCACAGCGGAGAACGAGGCCGGACCCAGUGACCCUUCUGCUCCACAGGACCUUCUAACCUUCCCAUGUCCUCCUGAGCUGGUGUGGAUUGAGGAGCCGACUACAGGGAACUGUUCUGUCUCGUGGUCUGAGGUUCAGUGGGUGGAUUACUAUAUCGCCUAUGUGAAGAGAGAUGACGGCUUAGAGACAAACUGCAACACCACUGGCACAACCUGCUACUUCCAGUGCAUAUGUGGAUACACAUACCUCUUGACAGUAUUCGCUUACAACCUGGCAGGGUCCAGUCCACCGGGUCAAACAGUCAACUAUACUACAAUCCCCUGCUGUCCAGAGGAUUUGUCCGUGUCCCUGAUUUCCACAGAGACUUUAGAGAUCUCGUGGUCUCCAGUUCGAGGAGCUGAGUUAUAUGAGACGAUCGCUGCAGACGGAAGCGAAUGGAUCCACUGCAACGACACGGCUCCUGUGUGCGCGCUCUCUGAUCUCACCUGCGACAGCCUGUACAGCGUGGUGGUGCGGCCCUGCAGUGAGACACAAGGAUGCAAUAACACCUGUAGUGCACAUACACGGCGGACAGCUCCCUGUGCCCCUGUGAUCCUCAACGUGACUCAGGUGAACUCUUCCAUAGUGGAGGUAUUCUGGAUGGCUUCAAACGCUGAGGCUAACUACACUGUGAUCGCCAUGGGUCUCACCGACACGCUCACCUGCUCAUCCAGCAGCACUUCCUGUUACAUCAGUGUGUCCUGCGGAUCCACAUAUGAGGUCAGCGCCUACGCCACAACCACAGCAGGACAGAGUCUUCCCAGCUACUCCAUUCCCUUGGAAACAGGACCCUGUUGUCCAGAAACUCUGAGUGUUGAACAGGUGACCCAGUCUAUGACGAACAUCACCUGGUCGACUGCCAUAGGGGCGCAGUCUUAUGUCACUUCUUUGACAUCCCCCAGAGGUCACGCCAGAUGUCACACCAUGGACACCCACUGCCUGCUGGGAUGCAUCACAUGUGGCACCAGCUACAAUGUGUCGCUGGAGGCCUUCAGCAUUACUGGACAUAAAUCAGAAUGCAGUUACCAUGGCUUCUCUGCUAGCGCGUGUUGUCCAUCCAGCAUGAGACUCUACAGGAUGGAUAACAGCACUCUUCGGGUGUACUGGCGCUCUUCUCCCGGCCUGUACAACUACACAGCCGACCUGUAUGGCACCAGAUCCAACUACACCUGCAGUGCGACUCAUGGGGCUAAUGGAUGUGACAUCUCCAAGAUCCUGUGUGGGGAAGUGUACACCGUCAUGGUCGCUCCCUUAACACAGGAGGGUUCAAAGGUCACAUACUGCCCCAGAAAACUCUACUCAGUCUCCUGUUCUGGAAACACCGUGGGAAUGGUGAUCUAUCGAGGCCGAAGAAGUGUGGCCUAAAACCUUAUUUCAAAGGGCACAGAUGAAAGAAGAUGGAGCUCUGACGUCAUCAACAGAGACAACAGGCCAUUCUCUUCUCACUGCUUUCAUCUCGCCACAUUUAUAUACUGUUUUCCAGCAAUACCUAUAACAAUUGUCUCAAUAAAAAUGUAUGUGUAUCUUUAAGAUCUUUAAAACGUGAAAGCAAAAUAUAUAUUUUUCAAUCAAAUUGUUAACCAUUCCUAAAUGUGUGAUAUUUUAUACAUUCAUUUCCUUUGUAUUAGGAAGUUUGCAUUCAUACAUUAAUUGGCUCAUAUUCAAAGCAUGUCAUGAAGCCCAAAUGUUUACAUGUCCAAAAAGUAAGUAAUAUCAUAAUGAAAAGAAAAAUGUCUAUGUUAAUGUAGCAUAAUGACUUGAACAACACUAAGCAUUUGUAGGAAGUCCCCUAAGCAGCAAGCCUCCAAAUGAGUGGACCAGUGUGUUUUAUACAGGGCAGGGCGGACCUCUUCGGAACUAGGAUGAGAAAUCUGAACUGUUCAGUGUCCGCCCCAGGUCAUAUGUGUCCUUUGGGCAAAAA